AUGGCUUAUGUGGUACCAAUACACCGCGCAAGUGGCAUUAGACAUGCGUUGAAGCUGAAUUUCCUGAAUCCAGAAGAGGACUGUCUGGUAGUAGCCAAAGCAAACCGGCUCGAAUUUUAUACACUAACCCCCGAUGGCCUCACACUCACCUCAACUCGUGCGCUCUAUGCGCAGGUUACCAUGCUCGCCCGCCUGCCGGCACCGGCGAAUUCACCAACGGACCACCUCUUCAUCGGCACCGACCAGUUUAACUAUUUCACCCUCGCGUGGGACGCAGACGAGCAAAGGGUCAAGACGGCCCGAAACUAUGUCGACAUAUCCGAGCCCUCAUCCCGAGAGUCCCAAUCGCAGCCACGAUGUCUUCUCGACCCUAGCGGCCGGUACAUGACACUGGAGAUAUAUGAAGGAGUGAUCGUCGUGAUUCCAAUCGUGGAACCGACCAAAAAGCGAGGGAAGCCCUCCCACGCCGCAUCACAGAUGGAAUUGCCCCAAGUAGGCGAGCUCGGGGAUCCGACCAACACGCGUAUCGAGGAGCUGUUCGUUCGGUCGUCGGCGUUUCUGCACUCCGCAUCGGUCAAGCCCUACCUGGCACUGCUAUAUGAGGAUAACCAGAAAAAGGUCCGGUUGCGGAUUCGGGAGCUGGAAUAUAGCAUUGGAACCUCGAAUGUGUCUGCGGAUGCGACGUUCAAGGAACCUUCAGAGAAAAAGCUCGAGGGUGGCUUGUUAGGCCACGAGCUUGAUAUGGGAUCCUCCCACCUGAUCCCGAUUCCCGCCCCACUAGGUGGACUGAUUGUAUUGGGUGAGACAUCGAUCAAGUACAUCGACGACGAUGCGAAUGAUAUGAUUACCCGCGAUCUUGACGAAGCUACUGUCUUCGUGGCCUGGGAAAAGGUCGACAGCCAGCGAUGGCUGUUGGCGGAUGACUAUGGGCGUUUGUUCUUCCUUAUGCUAAUUCUGAGCAACGAGGGCCAUGUCGAAUCAUGGAAGCUCGAUUGGCUGGGAAAUACAUCUCGUGCGUCGGUCCUGGUUUAUCUCGGUGGAGGGGUCCUCUUCGUUGGAUCCCACUUAGGCGAUUCCCAAGUCCUGCGUAUUGGCGAUGGUUCUUUCGAGGUUAUCCAGACAUUGUCCAAUAUUGCGCCCAUUCUCGAUUUCACAGUGAUGGAUCUGGGCAACCGUACGAGUGAGAGCCAUACACACGAAUUCUCAUCGGGACAAGCUCGCAUCGUGACUGGUUCGGGUGCUUUUGACGAUGGAACUCUACGAAGUGUACGAAGUGGAGUUGGCAUGGACGAGCUCGGAGUUUUGGGUGAGAUGGAUCACAUCACAGACCUAUGGGGCUUGCAAGUUCAGAGCACUGGUGAUUUCCUGGACACGCUGCUCGUGACAUUCGUCGAUGAAACACGAAUCUUCCGCUUCAGUGUCGAUGGAGAGGUGGAAGAGCUGGAUAAUUUCUUGGGUCUUGCUUUUGAAGAAAAUACUCUCCUCGCCGCCAAUUUACCCGGUGGCAGAAUCUUACAAGUGACGGAGAAGAGAGCUUUGAUUGCCGAUGUCGAAAGUGGGAUGGUGACCUUCGAGUGGACUCCCCCAACGCAAAAGACGAUCACAGCUGCUUCGGCAAACAAUGACAAUCUUGUACUGGUUAUUGGUGGCCGAGUUCUUGCAUCCUUUGAUAUCCGAGCCGAGGCCAGCCUUAUCGCCGAGAAGGACCUCGACGAGGACCACCAGGUAUCUGGCGUUACAGUUCCGUUUGAGCCAACAGGAGUUUGCAUUGCUGGAUUCCCGCAAUCUGCCAGGGUUUCCGUCCUGAAGAUCAAUGACUUCUCCGAGAUCCAGACAAAAUCGCUAGGCCCGUCCGGCGAGGCGUUCCCUCGGUCUGUUCUUGUAACCAACGUCCUUGCCAACAGCCCGCCCACCCUCUUCAUCUCCAUGGCUGACGGGAGCGUCAUUACUUUCUCCCUGGACACAAAAGAUUACUCGCUCGGAGGGAUGACCAAGCUCAUUCUUGGAUCCGAGCAGCCAACAUUCAAGAAACUGCCUCGUGGAGAUGGCCUUUAUAAUGUAUUCGCCACAUGCGAGAACCCAAGCUUGAUAUACGGCUCGGAAGGACGCAUCAUAUACUCCGCUGUGAACUCGGAAGGCGCAUCUCGAAUCUGCCAUCUAAAUACCGAAGCCUUCCCCGAGUCCAUUGCCGUUGCAACCACGCGGGAACUCAAGAUUGCAUCAGUGGACAAGGAACGCACAACUCAGAUCCAGACUCUCCCGAUGGGGUCCACGGUACGACGGGUCGCAUACUCUUCAUCAGAGAAAGCGUUCGGACUUGGAACAAUUGACCGUAAGCUUGAAGACGGUGUCGAGGUUGUGAAAAGCCAUUUCGUGCUCGCCGACGAGAUCAUGUUCCGGCGAUUAGACGCGAUAGAGCUCAACUCGGAGGAACUGGUCGAAACUGUUAUCCGGGCGGGGUUCUCCGGCGGGAAAGAUAGGUUUAUUGUCGGUACGGCCUACAUGGAUGAAGAAAGGGCCGAUUCAAUCCGCGGGCGGAUACUGAUAUUGGAGGUCGAUCAUGGGCGCAAACUGACGCAGGUCGCGGAGUUGCCGGUCAAGGGGGCUUGUCGAGCACUGGCAAUGAUGGAUGAUCGGAUAGUGGCAGCAUUGGUCAAGACCGUCGUCGUCUUCAAAGUUGUUCCUGACAACUCUGGGACAAAAAUGAAGCUUGAACGGCUUGCCAGCUACCGCACCUCCACUGCGCCGGUGGAUGUGACAGUCGUUGGAAACCUGAUCAUGGUGGCAGACCUCAUGAAGAGCGUCUGUAUUGUCGAAUAUAUCAAGGGCGCCAAUGGCGUCGGAGACAAGCUUAACGAAAUUGGUCGCCAUUAUCAGACCGUCUGGAGUACGGCGGUUGCCUCGGUUGGCGAUGAUACAUUGCUUGUUAGCGAGGCACAGGGUAAUCUAAUUGUUCUGUCGCGGAACACAAACGGCGUGACCGAGCAAGACAAGCACCGUCUCAUCCCAACAAGCGAGAUCUGCUUAGGAGAGAUGGUGAACCGCAUUCGUACGAUUCAAAUCCCCCAGAUAGCCAGUGUCGCGGUGACGCCGCGGGCGUUUAUGGGAACGGUCGAGGGGUCAAUCUAUCUCUUCGCUUUGAUCAACUCCGAUUACCAGGACUUCCUGAUGACUCUUCAAACUGUGAUCGCCGACAGGGUCGAGUCCCUAGGCGAUCUACCUUUCAGCAAAUUCCGCGCAUUCCGAACCUUAGUCCGCUCAGCCGAAGCACCAUAUCGGUUUGUGGACGGUGAGCUGAUCGAGCAAUUCUUGACUUGCGAUCCAGAGCUGCAAGAGGAGAUUGUGGAAGAGGUUGGCUGGGGUGAUGUGGAGAAGGUCAAGGGAACGAUCGAAGCAUUGCGGAGACUGCAUUAA